AUGACAACCCCCACGACCACCAAGCAAUCCGAAAGAGACAUCAUGGCCGACAAGCCUAGUGUUUUGUUCGUUUGCGUCCAUAAUGCCGGCCGCUCUCAAAUGGCCGCUGGGUUCCUUACUCACCUCGCAGGUGAUGCUAUUGAGGUUCGCUCCGCUGGCUCGGCCCCUGCCAUCUCCAUCAACCCCGUCGUUGUUGAAGCCAUGCGUGAAGAGGGCAUUGACAUCUCCGGCCAAAAACCAAAAAUCCUAAGCACCGAUGCUUUGCGGGCCAGCGACGUUGUCAUCACCAUGGGUUGCGGCGACUCUUGCCCCUUCUUCCCAGGAAAGCGCUACCUCGAUUGGGAACUCGACGAUCCUGCCGGGCAAAGCCUUGAUGCUAUACGCCCUAUCCGUGACGAGAUUCGUCAUCGAGUCGAGAACCUUAUCAAUGAAAUAUUACGGUUCCGCUAA